AUGGCGCAGACGCAGCCCCCAACCUUCAUCAACCUCCCACCUCCCACCUCCAGACCAGAGACCCCCUCUGAGAUGCCAGGCACUCCUACAAGCACCACUACCUCGCUUUCCGCCCUAUCCACCACUGCGAUCAAAGAUGGUCAUCGAGGCCACUUCCCACAGGGUCCUCUUAGUCGCGGACACCAACAUAACCCUUCCACCCAAAGCCUCGAGGCUGAACGUGCCGACCGAAUUUCCCGACUCGCUGGUCUCGAGCGAGUUUCAACCCUCCGGGCACCUCCUCAAGCGAACGCCCAAGGAGCAUCAUCUCCCUCGCCUCAAACCACGCCAACCUCUACAACUGGGUUUCCGCCCAACUACCCUGCUACACAGCACCUGACACCUGCAUAUUUCGAUAGCAAUGGCCAGCCUGUCGCCGUGACCAAGAUGAGUACUGUCGGAACGGCCAGCGCAACUGAGAGCCAUGUUGGCGAUGGCGAUGAUACGCGCACAACUGCCGGCGAACACGACGAAGACAUGUUUAGUACCGAUACCAACUACCGUGAAGCUGAGUCAGUCGCAAGCAUGGGUGGCUAUCCCGACGCUAUGGACGAGGAUCUCGAUGGUGUCAAUGCUCGUUCUGUGGCUGGUUAUGACGAUCGCAUGAGCGAUGACGGCUCUGCCUCUCUUGUUGGAUUUGGUGAGGGUGCCGGCAGUACCGUAUCUGGGCCCAUUUAUCAUCGUCGAACGGCCCCCCAAGCUUGGGGUCUUGAAAGAACCAAUUCCGGUCUGAGCGACGCCCGGCGGGAGCGUGACACUCAUAUGGGCGGUGACACGCCUGUGAGUAUGUCUGCCCUUCAGGAGCGCCGGGACGCUCGCAUGAUGGACGGUGUCGCGACUGAUCCGAAUCCAGGACAAGCACCAGAGAACGACUCUUUUGUUGACACAACCUUCCGAGGCCCUGUCUCUGCGUCGCAACCCCAAUCACAAACUGCUGCUGCUCAGGAGGCGGCAGAGCGUAUUGUCCAGAGGUUGGAUAGAGGUGAGACAAGGGCGCCUGCUUCGGGUCUUGUAGGGCCUGGACGGGGUGAUGAGCCUUUGGGCAAGUUCUACUUUGAAGGCGAGAAGCGUGAUGAUUAG